GUAGUAGUUCGAGUGGACUAGUUUUCUUAGCGGAGGUGCGGAGUUUUUGAUCCAGGACCGGUGUGGGGGGGCUGUUGAAUGGGAGCAGUCACUGGAUUCGUGUGAUACCAACAGCAAGCCGCCCAGACGACCAGCUGCUGCCCAUCAUUUUGGACUUUUUCUGGGGGGCUUUUAGGGCACACAGAGAAGAAGACCACCUCUAUCCUCUUGCUGUCCCCUUUCCCCCCUUUUUUUCCUUCCUUCCUCUCGGCUUCUUCAGGCAGAGAAACCACCUCAGACAUGGCUCAGAUACUGCCGAUACGGUUUCAGGAACAUCUGCAGUUGCAGAACCUGGGUGUGAACCCAGCCAACAUUGGCUUCAGCUAUCUGACCAUGGAGUCGGACAAGUUCAUCUGCAUCAGAGAGAAAGUGGGUGAGCAGAACCAGGUGGUGAUCGUGGACAUGUCCGACCCUACCAACCCCAUCAGGAGACCAAUCUCUGCCGACAGUGCCAUCAUGAACCCCACCAGCAAAGUCAUCGCUCUGAAAGCUGCCAAGACGCUGCAGAUCUUCAACAUCGAGAUGAAGAGCAAGAUGAAGGCUCACACCAUGACGGAGGAGGUCAUGUUCUGGAAGUGGAUAUCUGUGAACACUGUUGCCUUGGUGACGGACACGGCCGUCUAUCACUGGAGCAUGGAGGGGGAUUCCCAACCAAUUAAAGUAUUCGAUCGGCACGCCAGUCUGGCAGGAUGUCAGAUCAUUAACUACAGAACUGACGAGCAACAGAAGUGGUUACUGCUGAUAGGGAUUUCUGCACAGCAAAACCGUGUGGUUGGGGCGAUGCAGCUGUAUUCUGUCGACAGGAAAGUGUCCCAGCCCAUCGAGGGCCACGCCGCUGCCUUCGGGGAGUUCAAAGUGGAGGGAAAUGCCAAACCCUCCACCCUCUUCUGCUUUGCAGUGCGCUCGCAAGCUGGGGGAAAGUUACACAUCAUUGAAGUUGGUCAGCCAGCAGCAGGAAACCAGCCAUUUGCUAAGAAAGCAGUAGAUGUGUUCUUCCCACCAGAGGCCCAGACAGACUUUCCUGUAGCUAUGCAGAUCGGUAACAAACAUGGUGUAAUAUAUUUAAUCACAAAGUACGGCUACAUUCACCUGUACGAUCUGGAGUCUGGAGUUUGUAUCUACAUGAACCGAAUCAGUGCGGAGACCAUCUUUGUAACUGCUCCUCAUGAAGCCACCUCGGGAAUCAUUGGUGUCAACAAGAAGGGUCAGGUGUUGUCUGUGUGUGUCGAAGAGGAAAACAUUGUCAACUACGCCACCAACGUCCUGCAGAACCCCGACCUGGCCUUGAGGAUGGCUGUGAGGUCGAACCUUGCAGGGGCCGAGGAGCUUUUUGCCAGGAAGUUCAACACUCUGUUUGCCCAGGGAAGUUACUCAGAGGCCGCAAAGGUUGCUGCAUCAGCACCCAAGGGCAUCCUGCGGACGGCAGAAACCAUCCGUAAGUUCCAGAGUGUCCCAGCCCAGCCGGGUCAGGCCUCUCCGCUCUUGCAGUACUUUGGUAUUCUUUUGGACCAGGGCCAGCUCAACAAGUUCGAGUCUCUGGAGUUGUGCAGACCCGUCCUGCAGCAGGGACGCAAGCAGCUGCUGGAGAAAUGGCUGAAAGAGGACAAGCUGGAGUGCUCAGAGGAGCUGGGAGACCUGGUGAAGGCCUCGGACCCCACACUCGCUCUUAGUGUGUAUCUCAGAGCUAACGUCCCCAACAAAGUCAUUCAGUGCUUUGCUGAGACCGGCCAGUUCCAGAAAAUUGUGUUGUAUGCUAAAAAGGUGGGCUAUACGCCAGACUGGGUGUUUCUGCUGAGGAAUGUGAUGCGUGUCAAUCCAGACCAGGGUCUGCAGUUCGCCCAGAUGCUGGUUCAGGAUGAGGAGCCUCUGGCCAACAUAAACCAGAUUGUUGAUGUGUUCAUGGAGGGCAGCCUGAUCCAGCAGUGCACCUCCUUCCUACUGGAUGCUUUAAAGAACAACCGCCCAGCAGAAGGACACUUACAGACACGUCUGCUAGAGAUGAACCUCAUACACGCCCCUCAGGUAGCAGAUGCCAUCCUGGGGAAUCAGAUGUUCACACACUAUGACCGUGCCCAUGUCGCUCAGCUGUGCGAGAAGGCAGGACUGCUACAGAGAGCUCUUGAACACUACACCGACCUGUACGACAUCAAACGAGCCGUGGUGCACACACAUCUGCUCAACCCUGAGUGGCUGGUGAACUUUUUUGGCUCCUUGUCAGUCGAAGACUCCUUGGAGUGUUUAAGGGCUAUGUUGUCUGCUAAUAUCAGGCAGAACCUGCAGCUGUGCGUCCAGGUAGCAUCCAAAUAUCACGAGCAGCUGGGAACUCAGGCGUUAGUGGAGCUUUUUGAAUCCUUCAAGAGCUAUGAGGGUUUGUUUUACUUCCUCGGGUCGAUUGUGAACUUCAGCCAGGAGCCUGACGUUCACUUUAAGUACAUCCAGGCUGCCUGUAAGACCGGCCAGAUCAAAGAAGUGGAGAGAAUCUGUCGAGAGAGCAACUGUUACGACCCAGAAAGGGUUAAAAACUUCCUCAAGGAGGCUAAGCUAACGGACCAGCUUCCUCUCAUCAUUGUGUGUGAUCGCUUUGACUUCGUCCAUGACCUGGUGCUCUACCUCUACCGCAACAAUCUGCAGAAAUACAUUGAAAUCUAUGUGCAGAAAGUGAACCCCAGUCGUUUACCAGUGGUGAUCGGCGGUUUGUUGGAUGUCGACUGUGCUGAGGAUGUCAUCAAAAACCUGAUCAUGGUUGUCAGAGGGCAGUUUUCCACGGAUGAGCUGGUGGAAGAGGUAGAGAAGAGGAACAGGUUGAAACUUCUGUUGCCAUGGCUGGAGUCCCGUAUCCAUGAAGGAUGCGAGGAGCCGGCUACCCACAAUGCCCUGGCCAAGAUCUACAUUGACAGCAACAACACACCUGAACGCUUCCUGAAGGAAAACCCGUUCUACGACAGCGCCGUGGUCGGACGCUACUGUGAGAAGAGAGACCCUCAUCUUGCCUGUGUUGCUUAUGAGAGAGGACAGUGUGACCUGGAACUCAUCAAAGUGUGCAAUGAGAAUUCGUUAUUCAAGAGUGAAGCUCGAUAUCUGGUACGACGGAAAGAUCCAGAGCUUUGGGCGAAUGUAUUAGAAGAAAACAACCCUUUUAGAAGACAACUUAUCGACCAGGUGGUGCAGACAGCACUGUCAGAGACUCAGGACCCAGAGGAGGUGUCGGUCACAGUCAAGGCCUUCAUGACUGCAGAUCUGCCCAAUGAGCUGAUCGAACUGCUGGAGAAGAUCGUACUCGAUAACUCAGUCUUCAGUGAACACCGAAACCUCCAGAAUCUGCUCAUUUUGACGGCCAUCAAGGCAGACCGCACUCGUGUGAUGGAGUACAUCAACAGGCUAGACAACUAUGAUGCUCCAGACAUUGCAAACAUUGCCAUCAGCAAUGAACUCUUUGAAGAGGCGUUUGCUAUUUUCAAGAAGUUUGAUGUCAACACCUCAGCCAUACAGGUUUUGAUAGAGCACAUAGGGAACUUGGAUCGUGCCUAUGAGUUUGCUGAGCGCUGCAAUGAGCCUGCAGUGUGGAGCCAGUUAGCCAGAGCUCAGCUGCACAGAGACCUGGUGAAGGAGGCCAUCGACUCGUAUAUUAAAGCCGUUGACCCGUCGGCGUACAUGGAGGUCGUCAAUGCAGCCAGCAAGAACAAUAACUGGGAAGACUUGGUGAAGUUCCUACAAAUGGCUCGAAAGAAAGCCAGAGAGUCAUACGUGGAGACGGAGCUCAUCUUUGCUUUGGCUAAAACGAACCGUCUGGCUGAGUUGGAGGAAUUUGUGAGCGGACCCAAUAAUGCUCACAUACAGCAGGUGGGCGAUAGGUGUUAUGAGGAGGGAAUGUACGAAGCAGCCAAACUCCUGUACAACAAUGUGUCCAACUUUGCUCGACUUGCAUCCACGUUAGUCCACCUGGGAGAGUAUCAGGCAGCUGUGGACAGCGCCAGGAAAGCCAACAGCACACGCACAUGGAAGGAGGUGUGUUUUGCCUGCGUGGACGGUGAGGAGUUUCGGCUGGCUCAGAUCUGCGGCCUUCACAUAGUGAUCCACGCCGACGAGCUGGAGGACCUGAUCAGCUACUAUCAGGACCGCGGGUACUUUGAGGAACUUAUCGCUCUGCUGGAGGCUGCACUGGGUCUGGAGCGAGCCCACAUGGGCAUGUUCACAGAGCUCGCCAUCCUCUACUCGAAGUUCAAACCUCAGAAGAUGAGGGAGCACCUGGAGCUCUUCUGGUCCAGAGUCAACAUCCCAAAGGUCCUUCGUGCAGCAGAGCAGUCUCAUUUGUGGGCAGAGCUGGUCUUCCUUUACGAUAAAUACGAGGAGUACGACAAUGCUGCUAUCACUAUGAUGACUCAUCCGUCAGACGCAUGGAAGGAAGGGCUGUUUAAAGAUAUUAUUGCAAAGGUCGCCAAUGUGGAGUUGUACUAUAAAUCUCUUUCCUUCUACCUGGACUACAAACCUCUUCUACUCAACGACCUACUGACCAUUUUGUCUCCUCGGUUGGAUCACAGUCGAGCUGUCAACUUUUUUAGCAAGGUGAAUCAGCUGAAGUUGGUGAAGCCGUAUUUGAGAUCUGUCCAGAAUCACAACAACAAGUCUGUUAAUGAAGCUCUCAACAACCUGCUGACAGAGGAAGAAGACUACCAGGGCCUGAGAGCCUCCAUUGAUGCUUAUGACAACUUUGACACCAUUGGCUUGGCUCAGAGGUUAGAGAAACACGAACUGAUUGAGUUCAGGCGUAUCGCUGCCUAUCUCUACAAAGGAAACAACCGCUGGAGACAGAGCGUGGAGCUCUGCAAGAAGGACAAACUGUACAAGGAUGCCAUGCUGUACGCUGCAGAGUCAAAGGAUGCUGAGCUGGCAGAGACUCUGCUGCAGUGGUUCCUGGAGGAGGGCAGGAAGGAGUGCUUCGCUGCCUGCCUGUUCGCCUCCUACGACCUCCUGCACCCCGACGUGGUGCUGGAGCUCGCAUGGAGACACAACAUCAUGGACUUUGCCAUGCCGUACUUUAUCCAGGUCAUGAGAGAGUACCUCACAAAGGUUGAUGAGUUUGCAGCGAAGGUGACGGUGGACAAACUGGAGGAGGCAGAAAGCCAAAGGAAAACUGAAGAGGAGGUGACGGAGCCUCAGGCGAUGGUGUUUGGCCAGCAGCUGAUGUUGCCAGCCUCUCCGGCUCCAGUGGCUCCCCAGCCGGCAUACCCGGGCUACGGCUACCCUCCUCCCGCCGCUGGUUACCCCGCUCAGCCCGCUUAUGGCUUCAACAUGUAGAGCCCCACCUCCUCCUCUCCUCUCCUCUCUCCCCCGGUUGUCUCACUCCUACACUCACCCUGAACCACACUGAAACAUGCUGCUCUCGGUCUCAGCUGGUCGACUCACGGCCACAGAGACUCCUGAACUUUCACUGGGCCUUCAUUACCCGAAGAGACUCCACCCGAGUUCGCUGAAACUGCAAUAGAAACCCUCCACCUCUAGUUUCUCCACACCCGGUGUAGAAGGGUGGCAUCACGGCUGUCGGACGCUCCCCUCCUCCUUCCUCCCUUCUGUCUUCUCCACUUGGACAUUAUACCUGCAUCACUGAUCUACAAAGCAUGAAGUUGCCUCUCAGCUCCUAGAGGAAAUAACAAACUGAAGAUAACAUUAGUUACACUGAACCACUCUGUCCUGUUGCUGUUCCAUGUAGACUUUAACCAUAGAGCAGCUUCUUAUAUUUUUCCAUUUUAUUUUCAGCACUGAUGAAGAAGAGACUUUACUGAGGAGUUGAGGGGCAUGUGUGUGUCUCCCACCACUCCCUCCUUAAAAAGCACUGUUACGGCCUUACGUACAUUGAGGAGGCGGCAAAAAAAAGAAAAAAAAACGGGCUCGUUUGUUCAAUUUCACGACUGUCUCAUGCUCUGAUUAGAAAAAGACAGUUACUGUGCAAUAGUUUUGUUUGUUCUUUCACAACAGGUACAAAGUGUUUACUGUAUACGGACUAAGAACACUUGUUACUGAGGUUACAGGUUGUGUAUCUGAGUGAGUGAGUGUGUGUGUGUGUGUGUGUAUGUGUGUAGCCUCUAAAGCCUUUGUCGGAUACGUCACCAAACCAAGAGACACUCAAUGAAAUCCUCCCCACCCCGUUCCCUCGCAGCCGCAAACCUUUUGCUGGGUCAGAGCGGGUGAUCUAAUCAGUCGACUUUUCGGACUCUUGAUAUCAGUUUCAGUUGCAGGUUGUGACAAAAGCAGACGAAAUAUAGAAAGAAAGCAGGUGAAAUAGUAAAAAAAACAAAAAAAAAAACAACAAUUGCUAUAUGCUGUAGACUGUGCAUGUGCUGCCAAAAUAUAAUGCUGCAACCAGGAGCACAAUUUUCAUGUUACACUCAAGUAUAUCAAGUAUUACUAAUGUUGUGUCCAAGUGAUGUACGAUGAAAACUUUCUCACCCAACUAACAGUAAAAACGGUGAUGAAGCUCCAACAGAUUUGAGGAGAUGAAAAACACAGGGGAACAUUAGCUCACAUCCUGGUGCCAGCUGGUUUAAAAAAAAUCAUUAUUGUACUGAAAACAGUGUAUAAUUUAAAUAUAUUGAAAUACCUAACUAAUCAAAGAAGUCAAAUAUUAUUGAAUACCGUAUGUAUUGUCUAUAGUGUGUUGUUGUAGUCUCUUAAAAAAUGAAAGGCAUAAUGAUUUUUGUAAGAAAAAGGACAAAAUGCAAAAACAGCCGGUUAAUAAAUCGCAAAGUCUGGAGGCCAGGAUGCGUAAAAGUGACGGAAGCAAAGAAUCUGAGCUGCGCACAAAGCACUCCCUUUAUCUGCACAAGUCCUGCAAACAGAAAGAGGAAUAAAGUUUACACAAGGUGAA